CUGACCUUAGUAACUAACAUGUAUGGACUUUAGCUCCCAGAAUUCUUCGGCCAGUAUGGCAGGCUGGGGGACUCUGGGAGUCGAAGUCCACAGAUCUUAAACUCGCUGGUCUACAUCAGGGGUCUUCAAACUUGGUCCUUUUAUGACUUCAACUCCCAGAAUUCCUCAGCCAGCGUGCAUGGCUGAGGAAUUCUGGGAGUUGAAGUCCACAAGUCAUAAAGGGGCCAAGUUUGAAGACCCCUGGUCUAGAUCGAUAGUUGGAGGCUGACCUGUGGUGCACAGCAGUAGCUGAAGAGUGGCCCAGCUGGGCGGAGUUGCCGGUUUGGGUUGGGUCUAACUGUCCUGCCCAACAGGCUUGGCCAAAAGGGAGGAGUCCCCCCCCCAUGGCUUGUUCGUGGGGUGCCUUAGUGGAGAACUGCUGCUGGGGCAGGGGGCUCUAUUUGCCAUUCAGUUCUGCAAAGGGAGAAGGAAGUCAGCUUCAUUUUUUCAGCAGAGUGGUUUCCCUGUGGCAUCUCUUCCGUCCUUUCAUUUCCUUAUGCGUAAAUGCGCACACACAGAAUGGUAGAACCCCCACCCACAGACUUCCUGUUGCAGACUGCCUGCAAAAAUCUUCCCUAUAUCUUCUUGCCCAGUCAUUUUUUUUUAACUUGGCAGAAGACUGUCACCCGCUGCCUGUGCUGACGAACGGGGAACGACAUAUCUGGCUCCUCCAUCAACAAGUAUGGGAGGCCAGGAACAGUUGCUGUGUGCAGCUGUCCUUGCCCUGUUCUUCCAAGGCAUCAGCAUAAGUGGAAAUGCAGCAUCAGGAAAUGAGUUCAUCACCAUAGAGCAGAAAGGAAAAAAUGUCUCCCUGAUAUGUGAAGGGGGCGAUAAUAAGACACACUGGAUAAAAGACAGGAUGGCUCUAACCUACCAAGGGAAGGAGUUGGCUUUGGCUGUGAUGGAUGACCCCAGAGGCAUCUAUAAGUGUAUCAUCCAAAAUGGGAAAAGCAGAUCCGUGCAAGUUUUCAUCCGGAUGUGCCAAAACUGCAUCCAUCUGGACUUCACUAUGAUUCUGGGGAUUUCAGCAGCCAGCCUCCUCGCCACUAUCUUUCUGGCUAUUGCUGUGUACCACAUAGCUGUGGAAGAGCGGGGCCGGCCAACCCAAGCUUCUGAUAAGCAGUGCCUGUUGGCCAACGACCAGCUGUACCAGCCUCUCCAGGAGCACAAUGACAGGCCUUAUAGCCACAUUGGCAUCGCCAAGCCUCGCCGCCGAUGAAGCCGUUCUCCGGCCACAUUCAGGUUCUCCUUCCUGGGCUCAAUCCCUGAGGGACGUCCAUUACAUCAGCUGAUGUGGGAAAUUGUGGGGCCCUCCAUCUGUGCCUGCCUUCUACUCCAGGGCCUCAAGCCUGUGAGAGCCAACAAAGUCUGCUGGAGCUGUCGGAGCUGCUGGAUUCCAUUUUCUGUUUGUUAAACUAAAGAGUGUGGGCUGGGGUGGUGGUGGAGAGGAGCCUGCUUUAAACUUGUUUGAUGAAAUGCAGUGCUGGGAAUGUGGUGGCCAAUUGGAAUCAAGAAUGUCUUUUCUCAGCAAUGCAAAUAGGCCAGUUAAUCUUCCAUUUUCCCCUUUGCAGCUGAAACUGGGUCCCUGCUGUUGCUCCCCUAUGCAUUCUGCCUCUCCCCCAAUAAAAGAUGUUGCUUACAA